AUGUGGAGACAUUCCAGGCAAGACCAGGUGACAUUGUCGUUGCCACCUAUCCCAAAUCUGAUGAUCUAUCUUUGCCGGAAUGCCAAAGAUGUGGUUGUUUCUUCUUGUUAUUUCUUUCUAAUGAUGACUGUUCAUCCAGAUCCUGGAUCUUUUCAAGAGUUUGUGGAAAAAUCCAUGAAUGGACAAGUGCCAUAUAGUUCCUGGUAUAAACAUGCAAAAUCUUGGUGGGAAAAGAGAAAUAAUCCACAUGUGCUAUUUCUUUUCUAGGAAGACAUGAAGGAGGAUAUCAGAAAAGAGGUGAUCAAAGUGAUACAAUUUCUGGGAAGGCAGCCAUCAGAGGUUGUGGACAAGAUUGUACAACAUACUUCUUUCCAGGAGAUGAAGAACAAUCCAUCUACCAAUUAUACAACACUACCAGAUGAAAUCAUGAACCAAAAAUUUUCUCCGUUCAUGAGAAAGGGUGAGAUAGUCAUGCAAUUUGCCUCAAUUGCUAUAGGAAGUCACAAGUUGAAAUAG